AUGGCCUUCAUUGAUCUUAGAAUAGGAAAAGUACUUCUAGUGCUCCUUUUCUUGUUUAAGGCCAUGCUGGCAUUGUCACCAGCAGAGGAUGACAGACUGGAACACUGGCACAGUAAAGCCUGCAAAUGUGAUUGUCAGGGAAGUCCAAAUUCCGUAUGGUCCUCGGGGACGAACAAUCUGGAAUGCAUGCCAGAAUGUCCCUAUCACAAGCCACUUGGUUUUGAGUCUGGAGCUGUUACUCCAGACCAGAUAACCUGCUCCAGUCCAGAGCAGUACACUGGAUGGUACACUUCAUGGAUUGCAAACAAGGCCCGGCUUAACGGGCAAGGUUUUGGGUGUGCCUGGCUCUCCAAAUACCAAGACUCAAACCAGUGGCUGCAGAUUGACCUGAAGGAAAUCAAAGUGAUUUCAGGAAUAAUCACACAAGGACGGUGCGAUGCCGACGAAUGGAUGACGAAAUACAGUGUGCAGUACAGGACUGACGAGAACCUGAACUGGGUCUAUUACAAGGAUCAGACAGGAAACAACAGGGUUUUCUAUGGAAAUUCAGACAGGUCAUCUUCCGUGCAGAACCUUCUGCGCCCACCCAUUGUCUCGCGCUACAUUCGCUUGAUACCACUUGGCUGGCAUGUUCGCAUUGCCAUCAGGAUGGAGCUGCUUGUGUGCAUGAAUAAGUGUGCUUGAUGCUAAACUUCAGCCCCACAUGACAUUGCAAGGGAGGCAUUAGCAAGAUAUAGAAGUACAAUGAAUAGAAUGAGUAGGUUCCUCAUG